ACAGGUCCGUCACUCCACUUCAAAUUUGAGGUUAUGACAUCAACGUCAGUGUUUGUUAUCAUGUGAAUUAUUUAUUUGCGCCGAAAAGCGGUUUAUUUUUGGGUAUAAUUUUCCACCUUAUUGUUAAAAACUGAUACUUGAAAAAUGUCACUGAAAAAAGGGGCCGUUUCUGGUCCCAAGCGCCAGUUUAAGGAAAAGAUUGUGCAAAUUUAUGAAACCCUCUUCAAGGGAGAGACUUUGCCGACGUCUAACACGCAAUUCUGGAACGAAUUUUUUCUACUGAAGCCCAAAACUGGCUACAUUGACAGCGAAAUCCAAAAAAUGUCUCAAGAGCAAUUAUUCGUAGCCAAAUCAAACGUAAACCUGCUAGUGAACAGCUGUAUUGAGACUCUAAACGAUUCGAACAACAUCCGAGUGGUUUACGCAAUGCAGACUUUGUGUGCCGUAAUUCACGCGAUUUUUCGAAAAUCGUCUGAAUUCGACUCGGACUCGUUUUUGAUAGGUUUCGAAAACAGUGAAGAGAAGGUCCAAGUGUUGCUGUCAUCGUGUCAGGGUUUUCUUGAAGGUGAUGUGGCUCAUGUCUUGAAAUGUCUAUCCUUAAAACUGCUCUUGAUUCUCACAACUCGGACUGAAAAUAUCGACCAAAACACUUUAAUUGAGCACGUGAUGAAUACAUCACUUUUCGAGUGUCUUUUAAAACUGCUUUGCCACAGUAAAACGCGUCAAGUGCACGGUUACGACGUUGUACUGUUGCUCACUUUGCUCGUAAAUUACCGGAAAUACGAUGCCGCCAAUCCGUACGUUGUUAAAUUGUCGAUUUUAGACGACGAAUUGGCGCUAAACGGUUAUGGACAAGUGAUCACCUCGUCGUUGUGCGAAUUUUGUAAUCAGUUUAAUAGAGAAUUAAUCGAGAAUCAGCACACUUCGUGGUUGACUUCGCUCACGACCAUGGUGGGCAAUAUUUUCAUAUCUGAAGAGGGAGUUUUAAGAACGCAACAAAUGCGAGCGAAUAACGCGUAUUUGUUGGCGUUUUACGAAGCCAUCCAUUUGAAUAGGAAUUUUAUAACCACGCUAGCACACACCCAGAUUGACGGCAGUUCCCCACCCUCCCCUAUCAAUACGCUGAGUCCUGGAAGUAGUCCUGCGGACAUGACGGCUAUUAACUUGAGUUCGCAGCCUUCCAAUCUCUUAGUCAUAUUUUUCCAGUAUUGUUCGAUCGUGAUGCAGGACACUAAGAGCGAAGCCGGUUUAAACACAGUAAAACUCUGUUUCCUCAUCCUUUGCUGCAUCACCGAAGACCAAUACGCCAACUCGUUGAUGCACGACGUGGGUCUAGCCUUCAAAGUGUGCCUCCACAAGCUCCCCAUGCGCCAUAGAAAAGUCUCACCGGACCAAACCACCUCAUCACAACCCCUAGUCUGCUCCUUGCUAGACUUGCUAGUUGAGUUUUUCCUCAGCCAUAUGAUGAAAAAAUUCCCUAUUGAACUCUACGUUUUGUGCAUAAGCGUUCUCCAACGCAUCCUUUGCUACCAAAAACGCUGCAGAAUUCGCCUGAAUUACGUGUGGAAAAACCUAUGGGCGGCGUUACUUCUCGUUUUACGGUUUUUGCUCCAACACGAGAACUAUCUUGCCAAGAAAAUGAACAUCAUCGACUUGUCAAUGAAAAUAGUCAAUAUUUUUAAUUUUUUUAUAACUUAUGGGGACACGUUUUUGCCAACGCCUGGCAGCUAUGACGAAUUGUAUUACGAGUUGAUUCGGAUGCACCAGAUUUUUGAUAAUAUCUACUCAAUGGGUCUGCGCUACUCGACUGUGGAGGGAGAAUACAAAGACGACGCUUUGAAACUGAACAAUAGUCUGAUCAACGUGCGAGCAAUUAUUAAGCACUUUUCGCCAAAAAUCGAGCAGUGGCUGAUCGCUGCCAACUUAUCAACACCAACCGAACAACAAAUCCUAGACGUUGUCAAGAAGAAUUAUGAUAGUCUGACUUUGAAAUUGCAAGACUCCUUAGACCAGUAUGACAGAUAUAGUGAGAAACCAGAACACGUGACCUUCUUCACACAUAUGGUGAAGAGUAUAGUGUCUGACACCAGUGGCAGUAUUGGGGUGACGUUAGCCAACUUGCAAAAAAAUGAGCUUAUAAGUGAAAUAAAAUAAAGAUUAAUUUUAUGACUUUA